UUGACAGCAGUGAAGUGCGGGCAAUACCACUUCCCUUCACAGGGGUGUUCCGUGUCGGUUGGGACGGCCGGGACCGAGGUGUGAACCGGGGAUGUGGGGAGGCGGCAUGACAGCCCCGGCUCACCCUGCUCCUCCGCCCGGGCCUGCCUGGGAAACGGCGGGCGCUGCAGCAGCACCGUGACGUCACCCAACCGCAGGGCUGGGGACAUAUGACAUCAUUUGAGGUGAUCCCUCUGCUGAAGCCACCAAAGAGAGGAAUAAGAUUGGCCAGCAGUCUGUAUAAAAAGGCUCACCAACACGUGUGUUUUGUGGUACAACACAACCAAUUCUUUCCUUUUUGGGAAAAAAUGUGUGAAUUAUGUGACUGUGCACAAUGGAGCUUCUGAGCCAUGGAUAUGUGUAAAUAAUAAUACUCUACAAAGCUUCACUUGAACACUCCAGGGAUAAAAGUGACUUUUCCAUGAUGAUUUCCAACAUUUUGAAUUUCCAAAGUUUCGAUUAAUCCGCAAGACUUUCAAGCCCAAAAAGUGAAUGCAGAUAUUAGAUAUGGCAAGAUUCAAACCUUGCACACAGUUUCAUGGACAAAUAUCUGAGCUGAACUUCCUGCAUGCCCUUUCUUUUCAGUGACUGAUCAUGGAUUACAAUUGUUGAUGCUCAGACUUGGUAUUUAUAAAAAAAUUUGUCUUAUGUAGAGACUCCACCAAAAAAACCUUAAAUCAACUGUAUGCUCGAUCCUUGUUUUAAAGAAGUGCGAUGCAGGUUCCAUAUAGAUUUUACCAUGAUUGUUAAUAAGUGCUGCCCCCCUGGACUUUACAGAUAUAGCACGUGGAUCCUCUUUUGUAGGUGAUGGAGCCAGAGCAAGGCCAGAAGAGCACAAGGAAGUCGGAGGAAGGUGUUAGGAAAAGACUAAUCAAAGGGGAGGUUUUGCAAGACACAGUAUCUCCAACUGUAGGAUACACAACACCCAUUGGUCAAGAAGAGCUAUUCCCACAGCAACACUUCCCAGGCUUGUUGAAAUUAGCAAGGGAAGGCCCCCCUAGAAGGGUUGGCAGGCCUUGCAAACCAAAAGGUCCACUUCUUGAACAGCUUCACGUUUCCAAGCCACAUCCCACAUCACCAGCAUUUAUGCCUCCUCGGGUAACUUCAGAAAGUGGCCUUGAUGGGCCAACUUGGCAAGUUGUAGAUCCAAUACAACCAGGUCCGUCCAGGUCCUUCACUACUUCUGCACUACAUGCCAGGCUUACUCGCCCGGCAGAAGACCAAACUCAGAAAACUUAUGUCCACCGGCCUACUCAGGUUUCUGUAAAACAAGCAGACGAACCACACAAAAAGGAAAAGAAACCCCAAAAGCCAGGAAAGUAUAUUUGCCAGUAUUGCAGCCGACCAUGCGCCAAACCAAGCGUCCUACAAAAACAUAUCAGGUCUCAUACAGGAGAGCGUCCUUAUCCAUGUAUACCUUGUGGGUUUUCUUUCAAAACAAAAAGCAAUUUGUACAAACAUAGGAAAUCUCAUGCUCACCGCAUUAAAGCUGGGAUGGCCUCUGAUACUGGAGUAGAAAUGUAUCCGUCCAGCCUGGAAAUGGAGCAUCUUGCAGGUGAGGAAAUAGAAGAUCCAACAGAAGGAGAAAGCACAGACUCUGAGGAUGAGACAAGCACAAUGUCACAUUUGGUAGAGAGUUCACCCAAGCAAAAACAUGGGUUACAAACCUGUAAUCCUCAAAGUGCAGGAAACCGUCAAAGUACGAGCCAUGAUAUUUUUUCCCUUUCCCAUCCAAAUGUAUCUGUCAAAUCUGAGGAGAGUACUACUUUUAUAGACCCCUCACAGGAUGUAUUCCAAAAGUCUGAAGACACCCACACUAUUAAACAGAAGCUUGCAUUACGGCUAAGUGAGCGAAAGAAGGCUAGUGAAGAGCAAACUUUUCUAAGUCCAGGGAGCAAAGGAAGCACCGAGUCAGGUUAUUUUUCUCGUUCAGAAAGUGCAGAACAGCAGAUAAGCCCACCAAAUACCAAUGCCAAGUCCUAUGCUGAAAUUAUUUUGGGUAAAUGUGGAAGGAUUGGGCAGAGAACUUCUAUGUUAGCAAGUCCUUCACCUCUACAAGAGGAAAAGCCAAGUAUGGUGCCACUAUCUGUGCCCAGGACACAGGUAAUUGAACACAUAACUAAGCUAAUUACUAUUAAUGAGGCAGUAGUAGAUACCAGUGAAAUAGACAGCGUGAAACCAAGGAGAAGCUCACUGUCUAGACGCAGCAGCAUUGAGUCCCCAAAGGCAUCACUGUACAGAGAACCUUUUCAGUAUGAUGUUAAGUCUCCAGGCUCUAUCACUCAGCUGGAUACCAAGGCCAUAGCUGACAAAACAAAAUCUGAGCAUUCAGUGAUGUCACUUCAACAACCCCACAGUGCCACAGAGACGGUGCCUCUUCUUCGAAGCCACUCAAUGCCUUCCUCAGCCUGCACUAUUAGCUCUCCACAGCCGUUCAGAGCUAGCUACUCGUUUGACGAAAGGAUUGUGGACUCUGAAGUCUUAAGCCACAGUCAUGCAUUCUCUUCACAUCCACGACUGUUAAAGAGACAACCAGCAAUAGAACUGCCUUUGGGGAUGGAAUACUCCUCAGAAGAAGUCAGUUUAUCAGUUAAAGACACCUCUUGCAAAACAUCCGAUGAUUUGGAAGCCAAAGAAAGUGAGGUCUCCAAAAAAUCCAGGAAAGGUGGAAGAGUAAAGGGUUUGAUAUAUGAAUGUAACAUUUGUGGUGCUCGGUACAAGAAAAGGGGCAACUAUGAAACUCAUAAGAAAUACUACUGCUCAGAUUUACAGAUUUUAAAACCUCAAAUUGCAGUGCCUCACAGCACUACUGAAACCAGAAAAGCAUCAGAGCAUGAAACCUGGCCUCAGUUGCAACAUUACAAACCGGGACCAAGCCAGGAACUCUCUACCCUGCGCAAAAGACGCAAAGAAAAGAGCCUUGGAGAUGAAGAAGAAUCUCAUUCUUUUGACCUACCUAAGUAUCAACCAACUGCCACAGCACUGGGAUCCCAGUUUGCUAUGUCUGAUACAACUUUAACUAUUUCCAGAGAAACAAUUAAACAGUCUGGUGAUAGAAGUGAACGUAUGCCUUUACCGGAUAUCCAUUCCUGUAUGCCUGUUUUGGAGGUUAAGGAAAGGGCUACAAUCUCUAAAGAGAUCUCUGUCAUACAGCACACCAGCUCCUUUGAAAAGUCAGAGUCAAUGGAACAGUUGGGUAGUUUUGAGGAAGAAGACAAGCUUGUUAUACAAACCACUUCUCACACUGCAAGAACACAUCACCUAUCAUCACACUCCUUGCAGCCAAAACUGGUUCGUCAACACAACAUUCAGGUGCCAGAAAUCUUGGUCACUGAGGAGCCAGACAAGCUAGAAACGGAACUUGAGCCUGCCCUCAAAGAGCCAGAUAAACCUGAGGAAUUUCAGUGGCCGCAGAGAAGCCAAACUCUAUCUCAGCUUCCUGCUGAGAAACUUCCUCCAAAAAAGAAAAGGCUGCGCUUAGCCGAAAUGGCACAGUCCUCUGGAGAUUCUAGCUUUGAAUCAAUGUCUCUCACACGUAGUCCUAGCCAGGAGAGUAGCAUCUCCCAUGCAUCCAGCCGUUCAGUGUCAUUAGACAGAGAGGAGAGUCUUAAGGCAGAAGUAUUAUGCCAGAUUUCGGAGUCUCCUAUCAAGUCCCUUGGACAUCAUAUGUUAACUGUACCAUCCCACCUUCACCACACGAGAGAAAUGAGAAGAUCUGUUUCUGAACAGACACCAGAUGUCUCUCACACAUCUCAGAUAUCUGAAAAUAGGAGCAAAUCUUUUGACUAUGGCAAUUUGUCUUCUCCAGCCUCAACAUCCAAUCCAACAGCACAAGAGAGGAGGAAAUGCUUCUCUGUUAGGCAAACAUCUCUUAGUAGACAUGUAGAACUUGAACCAGACUUAAUGCCAAGAGAUUGGAAAGAGACAGAACAGAAUCCAUCAGGCCAAAUUCCAAUAAAAAAUGUCCCUUCUCACUCAGUUUCUUAUCAUGAGAAAAAGCAGAGUACUUCUCCACAGCCAAAGCAAAGCCCUAAUACUGAACAGCAGGAGAAAAGCAGUUUGCCACAACAACUUUCUCUCUUCCCAAUUCAGCCACUCCUUCACCUACCGAAACGACCUUCGGAGUUUCUUGAAUCCCAAGCUAUGACAGAUAUUCUUUCUGGUCAAUUUGCUCUUCCACAGAUGACUCAAUCCAUGUUUCACACGUCACCACUAUCCCUGCAGCACACAGUCCAUCAUUCAGACCUUCAGAUUCCUCAUAUAGCUUCUCACACAUUGGAUUUUUCCUACAGACCACACACACCAUUUUUACAUUUGCCUUAUGCAGGUUCUUCUUCAUUACCUCCAGCUUUCUUCAUGCCUGUUCAACGACAGUUUGCUCUUCCAAUGUCAACACAAGUUGAGCACUAUCCACAAGUUAAGCCAAUACUCUCACCACCCAUGGCCACAACUAGCCUCUCUCAGCACAAAGACUAUUUCCCAGAAGGUCUUCAGGCACAUUCUCAGAGUCCGAUGAAUUUAGAGCCUGGUUGUCAGGUGGUCCCUGUAUGUUCAGACCCAGUGGUUUCCCUCGUGGUCCCUGUCAGAAUUCAGACACACAUGCCUUCUUAUGGGAGUGCAAUGUACACCACACUUUCCCAGAUAUUGACCACUCAAUCUGAAGGGAGUCCAUCCUCAAUUGUGGUUCAGAAAUAUGACAGUCAAUCUAAGGCUUAUCCUAAUGUUGUUUUGCCAUAUGCCUUGCCAGGAAGUCAGAGCACCCUCUCUCAUUUACCCUUUUUGCAGGUGCCAUUUCCAAAGGUGGAGCCAAGCAGCUAUAACCGUUAUACGUUGUCAGGUGAGAGUGAACUUGGGAUUGAUGGAUGUUCUUCUGUUGGGGGCAGCAAACGUAUGUUAUCGCCUGCUGGCAGUUUGGAGCUCACUAUGGAGACCCAACAACAGAAGAGGGUUAAGGAGGAGGAGGUCACAGAUGACCAUGUCCAUACAGAAACAUUGAAGACACAGCUAAUGUUGGAGAAGCACAGGACUUCACAAGUAGUUCCUGUUGCUUCCAGAGAGCAAGGCAGAGUUGAACUGUUAACACCACUUCUUCCAGCUCUCCCAGAUCAGCCACCAGAGAAGGAAAGACACAGCAGCGUAAGUCUUGCUGGGCCAUCACAUUGUGAUUCACCUGAAGAAUUAAAAAAACAGUACAAAUGUAGCAUAACCAUCAAGACAGAACAAUCUGAUGAUAUAUUUGAACCCUUAUCCUCAAAUAACUCGCCCAUCUCCAGUGUAUCUGGUAAUAUUUGUGUUACAAGCUCACAAGAUGGUACAGAAGCUAAAAAGGUACACACUUUCCCAACCCUUCACACAACAACUAAUGUUAGUUGGUGCUACUUAAACUAUGUCAAGCCAAAUCAUGUUCAGCAAAGUGAUCGAAGGGCUUCGGUGUAUGCUAACUGGUGUGUUAGUUUGUACAACCCAAACCUACCUGGCAUCUCCACGAGGGCAUCACUGUCUCUACUACGUUCCAAGCAAAGGAUCAGCUCUGAGAUUUAUGCCACUGCUGAUUCUCCUCACUCUGACACAGGACUUAUGGUACCCUCCAGAGACCGGAAACCAAAAAUGACAGCGGCUCACUUGCCACUUCAAGCAAGGAAGGAGAUUCUAAGAACAGAGAAAGAGGAAGAAAAGAGGAGUAAACCAGAGGAAUUAGGAAAAACCAUUAGGCGGGGUGAGCCUUCCCGCAUACGGAUUUUUGAGGGAGGGUACAAGUCCAAUGAGGAGUAUGUUUAUGUGCGAGGACGAGGGCGUGGGAAAUACGUUUGCGAAGAAUGCGGCAUUCGGUGCAAGAAGCCAAGUAUGCUGAAGAAGCAUAUUCGAACACACACUGACCUCCGACCAUAUGUGUGCAAACACUGCAAUUUUGCCUUCAAAACCAAAGGGAAUCUGACUAAACACAUGAAAUCCAAAGCACACAGUAAGAAAUGCCAAGAACUGGGAUUAGUCCCACCAACACUGGCAGAGCUGGAAGCUGAAGAAGGGACAAGUGAGGAACGGUGGCAAGACAGUGAUGUGGUGGAGGAGCAUCAAUUUUCAGACUUGGAAGAUACAGAUGAUGAGGAAGACUCAGAAGAUGAAGAUGACGACGACGAUGAUGAUGAAGAAAGCCAGGAGGAGAAACAUCCUGAUCCUUCACCAACGACUGGCACCUCUCAUUCUCCCAGUCAGGACCCAGAGAGUGCCAACAUUUCACCUGCUUACCACUUUUCUCCCAAACCUGUCUUUACUACAGAACCUCUGGAGAAAGAGAACCAGGCACUGCUAGUAUCUGACCAACCUGCUUCCCAGGAAAUGUUGCCCCAUAGGCGAUGGUCACCUGGAAAGGACAUAGGUUGUAGUAGAGCAGGUCCAUCAAGGAGACACCUUCUCCAGAAGAGAGAAACUUCACCCAAAUGUUUCUCCCCAACAGGCUCUUCAUCACCACGCAGGGGAAUGUCACCAUGCCAGCGUUUGCAAUCAGCAAGGGAAGUAUCUCCCUUGCGUUGUGUUUCCCCCCAGCACCUGUCUCCUCAUCGUGACCUUUCACCACAUUCAUAUAUGUCACCUGAGCAUCGAGCUUCCCCACCAGUCAGACACAUGUCCCCUAAUAAAGAAACUAUGAGUGUACGAUAUGCUGCACUAAGAAGUGGUCUGGCCACUCCACCACGGUACCAAUCCCCUGGCAGAGAGGAGCAUCACCUGAGCAGGCUGGAAUCCCAAACCCAGAUAAAAGCUCAACACGGGGUCUUCCCAUCAAUUGCGCUACCUCACAGGACUCAAGAUCCAGAGCCCACUGGACACAUGAAGCUGGGAUCAUCAUCUUUCUUUGCAUUGUUAAGACCCCCCCGCCCUCCUCAUGUGUCUCACAGUGCCACAAGAAGCCAGGAGAACCUAUAUACCCACCUGCCACUUCAUUCACAGGAUCUGCAGCGGACUCCUUAUCCAAUGAUCCCAAUUGGAGGCAUUCAGAUGGUGCAAGCCCGACCUAGCCCUCAACCUUCCCUUCUAGGACCCCUGUUUUCAGAGUUGAAACAGGAAGGUCAUAAUGAGGGACUCACACAAACAUCACACCAAGAAGGAAGUGAGGAACAGCUCAGGACUAACAGGAGAAGGGAGGAGGAGGAGGAGGAAGACCGGGUAAUACCUUCCCCCAGCACAGCCGCACAGCGUUCCCCAACGAGCACUUACUGCCAAACUACUUGCUCUCCUCCUUACCUUGGAACGCCUCAUGCCAGCAGUGGCCCCAUUAAAGGGGAAGACAUAGAAGGGGAGGGGUGACCAGACACUUUCUACAAAGGAACUAUUCCUUUAAUAGAGCUCUUUCCAGUAGCCCUUCCCAUGCAGGAUAUGGGCCAAUGAUCCUUUGUGAUAUGGGAAAGGAAUCCCAUUAGGACACAGGAUUACAAUCCUAAGAAAUGAACUAGGGAUUCUGUUAUGAUAUGAGGGGAAAUUUCCAAGAUGUGAGUUAGGUUCCUUUAAAGAUACAGGGUAAACCUCCACGAAAAUGGGGAGUAAAGUAUUCUGUAUGAAUAAUGGAAAGCUUCCUGGGAUAUGUAAUUCAGUUCCCUUUAAGACACACAUUCAUCAUUAUAGGGAACAAGAAUCUGCACUCUCUUUGGAAAUAGGACAUGUCUUAGGUACAGUAUAAUGGAUCCAUUUAGGAUAAGGUGUUCGAAGUUUUUUAUGGUACUUCUUUAAAGAAUGAGGAUUUCAGGAUGCAUAUUAAGCACCUUGAUAUACAACAAGAAUCAUCCUUGAUAUAGAGAUAUAGAACUAUUCUAGGAUACACAAUAUAAAUCUUUUCUGUUUUUCUCUCUCUCCCAUUUUGGACUGGGAAAGAGUGAUUUGUUUCAUUUCAUUCCAUUACUCUCUCUCCAUUUUUCCUCCCCCUAUCAUAUGCAGUUUAUCUGUGCCUUUUUAUACACAAUUUGCUUCUGAAAUGCAAAAAGAAACACAAACAGCCCUGUAAGAAAAAGGAACUUUCAACGCUGUGAAAUAAUGUGAAUUUUUGUUCAAGACACAUUUGCUUUUAUUAAAUAUUUACAUGGGGUGGGGAUUGAUUUCAGAUCAGCCCCUCUGAGAAUUUCCCCUUGUUACCCUAAUGUGAUCCCAAAAUAUGGGUAGGACAUGCACUGAAAAUGUAAGGUUUUUGUUUUUUAUGUUAAGUUUAAUUUCUAACAUAUAUAUAUAUCAGAAUAUAUAUAUCUAUAUAUAUUGAACUGGGAUAGGUGUCCACAGCAGUGUACAGAGAUAUAUUUAUAUUAUGAAUUUAUUUAACUAGCACUGUUUUGUCCUUUCUGUUUAUGCUUUAAAAAUAUGUGUGUAAAAAAGAAAAAAAAUAUUUUUAAAUUUUAAUAAUCGGUGGAAACACAACAUUUCUCAUGUGAUUAUACACGGCAGUGCUUUGCUUUAUAGUGAAUAUAAGUCAUAAUGAGCAUGUUGCUCUUAUUAAUUGUAAGUCUCUGUGCUCUUGAAAUGAAUGUGAAGCAAAUCAUACUGAAGCUGGGAAUAUACACACUGAUAAUGAUCAUCCUGCACUGUAUAAUGGUGCUGAGUAUCUAUACACUGAUGAUGAUCAUGCAACUCUGUAUAAUUAUGCUAGUAGUGUUCACACGGGUAAUAAUCUCAUUGCACUGUACAACGAUGCAGAGUAUGGACAUUAUGCUCUACACAGCAAUACCACCUGUUAUUACACCAUCCCAUUAUUUUUCAUUGUGUAGACACUAGCAUAUGCUCACCAUCAGUACAGAGAACAGCUCACAUGCAGUGCUACAUUCGCCUUACGGCUCAGUCACUGAGAAUGUUGUGUUACCUUUUGUUCUGUGAUGGAAGGCUGGCACGUGAGCUAUGCCCUAGAGCAACUUUUGACUUUCGAGUGAUUGAUUGAUCUACCCCAGUUCUACUGGGAAGCUGUUACAUACAUUUAAUGCCCCAUUUAUGAAGUUGUAUGUAUUUCUGAUAAAACCACACAAUCCCUAUAUUCAGAGCGUGAGCUCUUGUUUUUAGCACUUAUGUAUGGAAAAUUGCUUCCGCCCUGCACCUUAUCACUUUUUCCUUUUGGCUCUUACUAAAAUUCUUUUAAUCUUACAUUUUCUACUUUUAUGGUCAUCCAUUUUUUCCCAAAGUUUACUGAAACUUCGUUCUCUUUCCCUGGUUUAAUAAAUGGGCUAAAAGCUCUUUCCUCUGUGUUACUGUUUCUGUAACACCAACCCUCUUUACAUAAUGGUACCAAAUCAUCUUUUUUUUAACUGCACUUUUCCAAUGUAUCAUGUGAUUUGGGUUUGGCUGUGGCAAAUAGGACAGAAUGAGGCUUUAUAUUUUCUUUUUAUGUUUUCUUAAAAUGCUGCUAGUACCCAUGUGAGGAAAGAAAAAGUAUUGUAGCGAUAGACAAUGCCCUCCAUUUUUUCCUAGUCCAGGUAUGUUCCUGUUCUCUUUGCAGCCAAUGCCCUAGCGUUUCCUGCUAUAUGCAGGUAUCAAAGUAAACGUACACAAUUAAAUAGAAUGACAUCUGCAGCUUCUUGCAUGGGAGAGGGAGAAAAAUCUGAAUCAUGUAUCUUAAAAUUACUCCAUCUACACAAUAUGUGGCACUAACAAUGUUUUAUACACAUGUAAAACAGACUAAGUGUACUUUUAAGUGUGAUAAAAUACAUUAAUAUUUGGCCUGCCUGCUUUGUCUGAGGCCAGUUUUGUAGAAUUUGAUAAAAAGAUAUAUAGAAGCUGUGUAGCAGUAUAUAUCUCAGUCUUCUUAAAUCAAUGGUAAUGUAUCACUUUUUUGAUAUAACGACAAGUUAAAAGUGGUUCUCUAAACUCCAUUCCAUGUGCCAUUUCCCCAGUCUAUGAUUAGGUGAUUCUUUUAGUACUUGGACAAGAAACCAGGGCUCUCUCAGAGACCAAAAUGCAAUCCUUAUAGUGCAGCUCAGAUAAUACAGACUUGAUCUUCCACUUGAUCUGUCCAAUGUUAGAUGCCAGAUAAUGGGCUGAUCUGAGUUAUAUACACACACACACACACACACACACACACACCAAAAAACCUUACACUCUAGGAUUUUAGAGAAUGUUAUGCCAGGUGCUUAAUCCUGUAAAAUGUGUAAAGAAAUGUAUAUAGGAUAUCACUCAUAGGACUUUUUUUUUAGCAAAAACAAAAAAUUAAGCAAAAAUGUGUUUUAUUGUGAACAUUCCAGUUUUGUUAAGAAAAAAUAAUUAAAAACUUUCAUCAGAGUACCCAUGAAUCUCCCUUAAAGUAAUAAAACUGGCCUAUUUGAAA